GUGAUUCCAGCUUGUGAAAGACUACACCUGUGCCGACAUGGAUACGCAGGGUUAUAUAACCACACCUGUAGAGGGUUUCAGCCAGAGUCCUCGAGCGAUCCAGUCUGCGAAGUAGUCCUCCUCCUCCUCCUCUACUCGAACACUCGCUCAGGUCCUCCUCGGAGAGCUCUCGCCAUGAGGGUCUUCUCCGUUGGGUUGGUGACGGCGACGCUGCUGUUCGCCUGGAGCGAUGCCAAUGCCAGGAUAACACCAAAGAGCAGGUUUAUCGGCUUUCGUCAAGUGACGCUGAACCCAGAUCAGGCUCAAACCUACUCCAAUGGUGGUGUUGGUCCCCGUCAGGUGACACUGAACCCAGAUCAGGCACAAACCUACCCCAAUGGUGGUGUUGGUCCCCGUCAAGUGACACUGAACCCAGAUCAAGCUCAGAACUACUCCAGUGGUGUUGGCCCGCGCAUGGAAGUGGCACCACAGUUUGAAAAUAGAGCUGCAGUAAAUUGCGGAUCUUACUACAUAGCCCCGGGUUCUUCCAAGACAUUCCAGUCAAAGAACUACCCCAGUAACUACCCUGGUGGCAAGAAGUGCACAUGGAAAUUCCGCACUUCUGUCGAUUCAAAGUUGAGCAUCCAGUGUAACGACUUCAAUAUGCAACAGUCAAGACAAUGCAGAAAGGAUUUCUUCCGGGUCACGGAUUCCUCUGGUUUUAAACAAAAAUACUGCGGUGCCAAGGGUUCUCUGAGCGUUUCUGAUAAAUCUAGGAGAGUUACUGUUUUGUUCAAAACAAACAGGAAGAAAUCUGAUACAGGAUUUUCCUGCUCUGUCAGAGCUUCAGUGCCAGACUCCCAAACAACUGUAGACCCUCAGCCAACUUCGGAAUGCACUGGAUGUGGACAAGUGAACCGUGCCAACCGCAUUGUUGGUGGAGUAGAGACGGAGGUGAACGAAUAUCCCUGGAUGGUUUCUCUUGUCAAUGGCAAUGGAUACUAUCACUUCUGUGGCGGUUCUAUCAUCUCCAGCCAAUGGGUCGUCACUGCAGCUCACUGUGCAGCUGUCAUGAGCACUUCGGAUUAUGUGUUGGUGGGAGACCACAAUCUGUACUCAUCAAGUGAUGCCAAUUCUCAGUGGAUGCAGAUUGCUGAAAUCGUGAGUCAUCCGUCCUAUGAUUCUAAUACACUGGACAACGACAUUGCCCUCAUCAGACUCACCACAGAAAUACAGUUCCCAUCUGACAACAAAAUCGCCCCUGUGUGCCUUCCAACAGCUGGUGAAAUGUAUGAUAAUGUGGAUGCCACAAUCACAGGAUGGGGAGCCCAACAGGAGGGAGGAUCCACAUCCGGCACCUUGUUCGAAGUUACAGUGCCCACCAUGACUAACACCGAAUGCAAUAACAAGUAUGGAGGAAGCAUCACUGACAACAUGAUCUGCGCAGGCAUUCCUGAGGGAGGCAAGGACUCCUGUCAGGGAGACUCUGGAGGACCAAUGGUGGUGGAAGAAAACGGCAAGUGGAAGCUGGUGGGAGUUGUGUCGUGGGGUAAUGGCUGUGCUCGACCUGAUAGGCCCGGAGUUUAUGCAAGAGUUACACAAUAUUUGCAAUGGAUUUCUGACUCUACAACCGGUGUCUGUGUUGAUGGGAACGCACCUGCUCCUACUAAUGCCCCGACGCCUGAUCCUACUUCUGAUUCUGACUGCCCUGGAUGUGGACAAGUGAACCGUGCCAACCGCAUUGUUGGUGGAGUAGAGACGGAGGUAAACGAAUAUCCCUGGAUGGUUUCUCUUGUCAACGGCAAUGGAUACUAUCACUUCUGUGGCGGCUCUAUCAUCUCCAGCCAAUGGGUCGUCACUGCAGCUCACUGUGCAGCUGUCAUGAGCACCUCGGAUUAUGUAUUGGUGGGAGACCACAACUUGUACUCAUCAACCGAUGCCAAUUCUCAGUGGAAGCAAAUUGCUGAAAUUGUGAGUCAUCCGUCCUAUGAUUCUAAUACACUGGACAACGACAUUGCCCUCAUCAGACUCACCACAGAAAUACAGUUCCCAUCUGACAACAAAAUCGCCCCUGUGUGCCUUCCAACAGCUGGUGAAAUGUAUGAUAAUGUGGAUGCCACAAUCACAGGAUGGGGAGCUCAACAAGAGGGAGGAUCCACAUCCGGCACCUUGUUCGAAGUAACGGUACCCACCAUGACUAACAAUGAAUGCAAUAGCAAGUAUGGUGGAAGCAUCACUGCCAAUAUGAUCUGCGCAGGCAUUUCUGAGGGAGGCAAGGACUCCUGCCAGGGAGACUCUGGUGGACCAAUGGUGGUGGAAGAAAACGGCAAGUGGAAGCUGGUGGGAGUUGUGUCGUGGGGAUAUGGCUGUGCUCGACCUGAUAGGCCCGGAGUCUACGCCAGAGUUACACAAUACCUUGAUUGGAUUUCGACCUCGACCGGAGGUGUCUGUCCGGCGGCUGGUUAAUCCGUCCAUUGAAUAGGCUAAUAGAAGCCUAAGCUGGUCCUUAGACGGCAUAGACAAGGAGUUGAGUUGCGGAUAUACUACCUUUAUUACUUACUUUCACGUUUUCUUUCAUUUGGCACAUUUAAGAAAAGAAACACCUUUUUUGAAAUAACUAAAAUAUCCGGAAGUGACAAUAAAUUGAGUAUAUUU